UCGUAGAUCAAGUGAGGUGACGUAAACAUCAACAACAUGAGUUUAACCGACUAUUUAAAGUUAAAUAAGCACAAACUAUUCGAAAAUUUACGCAAAUCCCUACCGGCGAGUAUUAUCAAGACUCAAAAUGUGUUAACGAUAAACGACGGCGUGCUAUUCGUUUGGGAUUUUCAAGACAAUUGUGUUCUAACCUUAAAUGUGAAGGCUGUGCAUUCGAGGAACGACGAAACUGUCCCUCAUCAAAUUCUUCUACCGACAGUAUCUUCUCGAUUCGCCGUCGAACUGCUUAGGGCAAACUCUUCAAAUACUCUUCUGGUGGUCGCCGGUGGAAGCGGCGUGCUCGUUCUCGAACUGCCCGAAAGAUGUCCGCCGCACGGAAACUUCUCAAACAACAAGGAGAUCGUGUAUUGCAGAAGUCACAGCUUGGACGAGCAUUUACUCUUGAGCAAUCCGAGCAUCGAAGUCCGCCAGGUUCGGUUUCACCCUGCGAGUCCAAAUCAAACGCACAUCAUGGUAUUAACGUCCGAUAAUGCGCUAAGAUUAUACAACAUCGAGAACUCGUCCGCCGUCGCACUCGGCGUUUACGCCGUCGGUAAACGUCCCAAGGGCGUGAUGCCCGGCAGCAAGGCGUUCUUUCUCGGUCUGUUCGGUGAAACGGCGGUCGACUUUGAUUUCGGCCCUCCUGAAGUUGACGAUCCCUCGUCGGAUGGCGUCGAGGAGGAAUCGCUCGGUAAGAGUGCUUUAGAUAUUGCCAAUGAGGACGACGGGGAUGAAGAAAGCGCGAUUCUGCGCAAGUUUAAAGAUAUGAAAUUGCGUGGAACUAUCAUCAAAAACACUGCGAGGAGUUUGAAAUGGCCGAUUUUUCUACUGGAUGGUCUGGGCUCUGUGUUCGUGCUGAUCAUCAGUCUUAAUGAUGGGGAUACUCCGAAAGUUAAGGGGCCACUGCCCACUUGGCCAUCUUAUGAUCAGUCCUACACGAAUGACGCAUGCGCAAUUUUGUGCCAUCCAUCUACACCUCCCAUACUUUCCAUCGCUACAAUCAACGGAAAUAUUUCACAUUCAAUUGUCUUGCCUUUUGAUGAAAAGAGUGACCAGCUGAGGAGGUGCAAAUCACUCACGAGCAGUUUGGAUGUCCCUGAUCGUGCGAUCUACACAUUUGAAACGUUAGAGUUAGAAUUGGGGUUGGCCACUACUGACGCGUUAAGUGAUUACUGCUGUCCAGUGUUUCUCCAUAUGGACGAGUCUCGUUCAGGCCACUACUUUGCCACUCACGAAGCGGGUGUGCACGCCAUUUCGAUUCCUGUCGUUGAAAAUAUUACUCAAAUACUUAACGGACCGGACGAUGAAAAUUUUAUGGAGCAAUUAGUAAAUGAAGCUAGCACUGUGGAAUACGUUGUAUGCACCAAAACCGCCACCUCCAACAAGAUCAACCCCGUAAUUGGCUUUUCUAUCUAUUACAACCCGCCUAGCAUGGUAGCGCUAUUAGGUAACGGUCAAUUGAUCAGCAUGCUGCUACUAUCCUUCACAUCACUACCGUGCACUUACGAUUUUUUACCAGAAGACAUAGAAAACUUCAAAUCGCCUUUAAAAAAAAUGCUAAGCGAACCUUUCGAUGUGCAAAUUUAUAAAAUUUUGAAACAAGCCGCUUCGCAACCCAUCCUCAAGUUGAACAACAGCGAAAACCACUCGCAACAGGAGUGUUACGAGCUAUUGCAACGCGCCGCUCAGGUAUUCAGAGAGGAACACUUUAAGUACUACGAAAAAGCGCGAGAAGAGAUAGAGAAACGCAUCAAAGUGUUGCAGAUGCUCAAGAAUUUCCAGACCACCGAAAUCCAGAAGCUGAUAAAAGAGAAGCAAAAUCUCCAGACGAAAGCGGAAAGUCUAGCGGAAAAGUACGAGGACAUCAAAGACAAGCAGGAGCUGCUCAAGAACCGGUGCGAAAAGCUUCUAAUAAUGGCGCUUCAGACGAAAAGCGAACCCUCCGAAGCCGAGCAACGAUUCGUUAAGGAACUUAAGAACGCUCAGAAAAAGGUUGAGAUGUUUACUACGAGCAUAAACAAGUUGAAGAAUCAGAGCAAGUACCAAGAGGUUCAGAUGGCGAAUUGGCAGAGAGAACAGAGCAAGAGGGAAAGCGGACUGGCUUCCAUUCAGUCUCAAACUAUCAAGACAAACCUGCAGGAUAUGACCGAUCAAAUUUCGGCGAUGAUGAGUGAGAUUACGGAAUAUAAAAAGAAGUUAGGUUUAAAUUAGUCUUCUAUGUUUUGUAAAUUUAUAAUAAAGAGAUUUUGUAUUUGAGUUUAA